AUCACUAGCUAGCUAGCUAGCUAUGCAGAUGGCCCGCGCCGGAGCUACCCUCCUCGGGGUCCUCCUCUUCGCCUUGCUGGCCGGUUUCGCGGCCGGGGAGGAAGACUGCUACCACGACAUCAUAAGAUGCUGCAACGAGACGAUCAAGAAGGAGGGUCCGUACAUCUCCCCCAGCCAGGUCUGCCGCCGCGAGGUGAGGAAGGCGGACAUGCCCUGCGUCUGCCACAUCCUCACCGCCUACGACGAGCGGACCGUCAGCCCAGAGAAGCUCGUCCGCUGCGCCCACGACUCCGGCGUCGACCUUCCCGUCGGGAGCAUAUGCGGAAGUAAGCAGACCCGCUCCUCCAACUGGCGCCAUCUGCCGCCGCCGCCCCACUACCACCACCCGCCUACUUCUUGGAACAGUCAGUCGUUUCGCCAUCCGCCGCCGCCGCCCCCACACCAUCACCCGCCUACUUCAUGGAACAGUCAGUCGUUUCGCCAUCCGCCGCCGCCGCCGCCCCCACACCACCACCCGCCUACUUCUUGGAACAAUCAGUCGUUUCGCCAUCCGCCGCCGCCGCCCCCACACCACCACCCGCCUACGACUUGGAACGGACACUCGUUUCGCCAUCCGCCGCCUCCGCCGCCCCACCACCAGCCGCCGCGGCCGCUCUGCUCCUCCAUCGGGCGCAGCCCAGAGCCUCCCUACUCCAAGCCCCACACGUGAGAAGUUUCGAUGUGGAGGUUGAUAUGAUGGAAGAAGAACUAAACAAGUGAGCGCGUGCCUACAUGUACGCUGAUAUGAUGUGGAGUAAUUGUCUUUGUCCGGACCGUCUAUGUACUACUAGCAUUCGAACCGCCAGUCGAAAUAAGGUGUGCCCACAUAAAAUUGACUUGAGACUCAAAUCAAUGUGAUGGUGGAAUCAUAUUGUGUGUGGCCGCUUGUUUUGGAAUCGUGUGUUGGUGGAUAUGCCCCCCAUGUGGGUAUUAACUCAUAACAGAGAUGUCAAUAGCAAUGUUCUAAUUCUCCUCA